AUAUAGUAUAUUGUAACGGUCAUCCGUAUGGUCACACUGUUUUCAGGUUCUUGCGUUUGUUUGGCUUUUUCAUCCGAUCUUGAAUUUUGAAAAUAAUAAAGAUGGGUCGCAACAAGGCAAACACCAAGAAGGUGGCUCCUGGGGCCGCCAAGCCAAAGACUCCUCUGAACAAGUCCAAAAAGGCCAAGAAUGUGUUCAAAGUGGGCGACGGUAACAAGGGCAAGGGAAAGAAACCCAAGGAAGUGCAGGGCAAGCUCAAGCAGAUUAAAGAAUCUGUCAAAGCCAAGCAGGAGAAGGUGGACGCCAGCCUGAAGACUCUGCACAAGGAUCUGGUGGUGAAGAAGCCAAAGGCCCCAGUGGCACCCAUCAAGAACAACAAGAAGAAGGGGGCCAAUGCUCAGAAAGUCUCCGACACACUAGGCAAACUCAAGUUCUAAGCAACUCCGCCGGAGACCAUGUUUUACGUAUAGAUACAAAUACGUAUUACAUCUAGAUGUAGGUAGUCCCCAUUAAUUGUUGAAGACUUUGGUCCUAUGUUGCCACUACAUGUUGGCAAGUUAUUAUACAAAAUAUACGAUGACUAUUCGGACAGUGAUGGAAAGUGCUCAGCUAGGUAGAGAUCAUGUAGCCAAAUACCUGUUGACCUUUAGUGCUACUAUAAAUUCAGACUUUCAUUCCGUUAACAAUCUGAAAUACCUGAUAAAUAUAAUACCCAAAGAAUAGGCUUGAAAUAUAAUAGUUAAUCCCCAUUUAUUUUUAUAAAUAUCGUGCAAUUCUUACCUUUUGGGUAUUGACUUACGAGUGCACUUUAUUUUACCUAGUUGAUAUAGUGGUUAUAUAUUGAAUCCUUCCUAGGAAUGGGUGGCUCUCCAUCACUGUGCUAUGACAGCCUAGACAACCACA